ACUGCGCGCGCAUGUUUGAACAUUAUAGAAUUUUAGUUCGACGCUUGUAUUUAAAAAUUCUUAUUGAGAAAAAUAUUUGUGAUUGUUAAAUGAGAAUUAAAUUAUUUGUGUCAGACAUAAUUAAAAUUGGUAAAAUGUUUGCUUGACUGUUUUUUGUAUACGGAACUCGUGUGUCAGUGGAUUGUAAAAUGUGAAAGUUGGUAUAACGUGUAAAAAAAAUUAGUGCUUGUUGCUUUUAGCAUACUUUUGUGAUUCAAACAGCUGAUAUAAUAAUAAUUAAAGAUAACAACAAAUGUGAUCUUACGUGAAUAAAAUUCGGAUAGUUUUUUGUGUAAGUAAUGUGGAGUGGUACGGAUGGACGUCAGUGAACUGUCAAGUUUGCCGCCAAAACAAAAUGGCCGCUAGGGGGCGAUGGCGGACGCGCUGCCGGCUCUGCGCAGCGCUGUUCGCGAUACUCAUACAAGUUGUUAAUGGUUAUGAACAAACAUACACAAUAUCACAACUAUCACCAAAGUCUGAAAUCAACGAAAAAUUAAAUCUAGACGACGUAUUACGAACAACAAACACAGAAAACUUAGCUUUUAGGAUAGAACCUAGUGCCAAAUUUGAUGUAGAACUAGAAUCGGAACUAGAAAAAAUUGUGGAUGGAGAGGAAGAAGUAGAUAAUCAUUUCAUAGUAGCGAGAUCCGCCGAUCCGAAUGACAGAGAAUCAAGGUCUAUUAAUAUGGAAGAAAUACCCACAUCGAAUCACAAUGAAAUCGACAACGAGUUAGAACUUCAUAAUAAGAGAAAGUACUAUGACAUUACACCAACGAAAACUCUAGUAUUUUUACACGAUCAAGAUGAGGAAAUGUUCGUAUCCUCUGAAGGAUUUGGUGAUAAACUUAAUUUUAAGUUUCCGGGGGAAGCCAAAAGGGUCCCGAAGGGGCGCGCACUCGCUCCUACGGGGCCCAAAGUACGGCCGUCUGCAGUGCAACCGAUUUUUGCGACAGCUACCCAUAGAGAACAAGGCCGACAAAAUUCAGAGAUUCAAAAUAUAAUUACAGGAAUUGUUAAAUUAUUAAACGGAAAUGUUAACGUUCAAGCGAAUACCCAGCUGCUAAAUGGCAGACCGGGGCGACCGAUGGCUUCUAGAAUAAACAACCGUGGACCGCCUAAAAUAUCGGACGUUCCCCCUUUGCCGGAUCUCGAACAAAACGUAUCACCUCCAGCAUUCGCAUUCCAUCCAACACCUCCUCCCUACCCUUUCGAUCGUCCGCCAUAUCAUGGUGUCAAUUUACCUGAGCAAAUUGUUCCACCAAUGACUUCUCAUCGACCAGGGUAUCGUCGACCGUCGCCUCCUUGGCUGAGACCUCGGCCAUGGCCACCUCAUAGGAGACCGAACCCUAGUAUGCAAAUAUACAAACCCACUCCACCUCCUCCACCGAUUGAUAUCCCUAACAUAGAUUAUGGUGAUCCUGAAGAAGUAGUAAAUGAAAAUGAAAGUGGUCAUUUAGAAAAUAAUAUACACCACGAAGAUAAGGAAACGAUUCCUCAAAACGUACCAGAAACAAAUACGCCAGAAGUUGAUGAAGAAAUUCAAUUUGCCUCAGAAGAUACGACAACUUCUACUACAACAACUACAACUUCAACAACAACAACCACAACAACAACAACUGAACCAACAACUACUACAACAUCUACAACGACAACGACAACAACUGAGAAACCGACUGAGAAAACGACGACGACCGAGAAACAAACUGAACCCCCAACACAACCUCCAACGCAACCGCCAACCACAAAACCGCCACCAACACAACCUCCCACACAUCCACCAACGCAACCACCGAAAGAGAAAUUUCGUACAACCACUGAGAAGCCCACAACGGAGAAACCAUUUAUUAACAAACCAGAAAAAGAUAAGGAAAAAGAUGCACAACUCAAUAAUAAAAAGGAUAAUCAAACCAAAGAUAAACAAAAAGUUGUAGAAGAAAAACCAAUCAAGAAUUCGAAGAAUCAAACCGCAGCGGAGCAUUUUAUACAAUCAUCUAUAUCGGACGUGAGUUCAACAACCAGCUCGUUACUUUCACCCACACCUACCGAAGGUCUCGUAAGUCAUGUUCCUGCAGUUAUAGAGCCGAGUAUUAAUGAAGACAUCAAAUCAUCCUCGAUCAAUUCACAACCGCUGCCACCUUCUCAAGGUAUACCAUACCACCCUUACCGGCCUAGACCUGGCAUAGUUCUGGAUGAUCCUGAUUUCAAGCCACACGGUUCACGGUACAGACCUGAAGCUUCUGUGAUCACAGCACACGAGCCCCAGCUACCGGGAUAUGGAGAAAUAUUCGAUGUUACAGUCUCUGCUAUACAAGGACCGGGCGAGAAAGGAGGUGCCUCUGUUCACAUCCAGAAUGUGCACGCCGCAGCGAAUGAUCCUGAUGACAUCAUAGUCUCCGCUGCCGGGUCCCAAGGUUUCGUGUCAAUCGAUGGCAAGAGGACGUACCUCAAUUUGUUCGAUUCCAGUACAGCUAGUAUACAGCCCACCAAAGUGCAAGCUGGACCACAUCAUACACCACCACCACCACAGUCGCCGCAACCAGCAUUGGGAGCAGCAAUUGGAACCGGUGUGGCCAUCCCAGCUGACGACGUGCCUUCACCCCCGCCACGCCGCAAUCCGGCGCACCCCCCUCAUCUCCCACACGCACCACACACCCGCCCCCAAACGUACCGCAGACCACAACCCACUGUGAGGAUAGACACGUGUAUUGUUGGUGACGACUCAACUUGCGAUCAGGCUCAGAACGAGAAGUGCAGGACUGAGUCAGGUAUUUCCAGUUGUCAAUGCAGGCCGGGGUACGCUCGGCGCACACACAGAGAUCCUUGCCGGCGUGUUGUAUCCCUGUUACUCAAUUUGAGGGUAGACAGACUUUAUGAUAGAAAGGUGGCCUGGGAUAAUAAAUUAGCAGACAAAGAUUCAGAACCGUAUCAGCAAUUAAGCUACGAAGCGGUUAGAGCGAUCGACUCUGCGUUCUCUAUGACACCUUUCUCUGAUGACUUUGUGAGCGGUUCCGUGAAUUCCAUCCAUCAAGGUGAUCCACUCAAUCAGGGAGUCUUCGUUAAUUAUACUGUUUUGAUGCAAGAAACAGCGGAGACGCUCCGUUCAGCAGUGGCAACAGAUAUACAGAAGCACUUGCUGGGGGUCAUCCGACGUCGGUCCAACAAUGUGGGGGCUUCAGCUCUGUGGGUGGACAGUCCUGCCGGCAGCGUGUUGCCGCUUGCAGAUGUGGAUGAAUGCGCUUCAUCGGACCUAAACGACUGUCACCAGCUCGCCGCCUGCACCAACACGUGGGGCGCCUUCAAAUGUAAGUGUCCGGACACAACACUGGACGCGGCGGAGGGGUCAGGUCGCGCUGGUCGCGAGUGCCGCGCCUGCUCCGCCUCGCACUGCAGCGACCGCGGUGUCUGUAGAUAUGCUAACGGACAGCCGUACUGCAGUUGUACAUCUGGGUACUACGGGUCAACAUGCGAGGUGGACGGAGAAGUGGUAGGAGUUGCAGUUGGUGCAUCUCUCGCCGCUGCACUGGUCAUAGCUCUCACACUCGCCGCACUUCUGUCCUGGAGGUUAGUAUAG